AUGAAUGUCAAGGACAUAAAGAAGCUGGGCCUCGGCAAGCCACUUGUGGGUGAGCCAUCACUGGACGACCACCUCAACCCCAGUGCCUCGUCGCUGACAGGCACUUCUCUCCCUAUUAAGACGGACCGCCUUUCUGCAUCCAUCUACCAAAAGGUCUUCGUAUUUGCCACACAUUCUGUACGGGUAUUGAACGUUAUGUCCCUACUGCUGGCUUACCAGGUCGAUUUGAUGCUAGAGAUGCAUAAUCUCCUAGCUAUCGGCAAGCCUAAAACAGACCUUUGGGAUGAGAUCUGUGUCUUAUUUCACAGCACUUUUGUGCCGCUGGAAAGCGUGGAGAUGAAAUAUCUCUCAUUUAAGACAGCCGAGAUAGCAGUUUGAUAGACCUUAACAGUCUCUCCUUUAAGACAGCUUUACUGGUCGCCCUUACGUCCGCAAAGUGAGUCAGUUAGCUGCAUGCAAUGUCAGUUCAACAUUCACUCCCCCCCCAGCGGUUCCACAGUUUGUAUCCAGUACACGCAUUGUGCAUAUACUUGGAUAGAACGAAAGCUUUGCACGAGAGAGACCAACUUUUUAUGUCCUUUGUGAGAGGCCCCUCUCUCAUCAACGGUUAUCACGGAUUGUGGAAGCUAUUAUAUUGGCCUAUAAUAGCAAGGGGUUACAGCCUCCGGAAGGCCUGAGGGCUUUUAUGAAGUUCUACCGGCUAGACGUCACUGCAUAUUCUUUGGUACAUACUGUCCUCAGUGUCGGGGCCUCUGAGGGUUGAUACGUUGAGACUACCUGGCUACGGAGAGCAUGCUGCGAUACGGGAGUUGGCCAUAUCCCUCAUGUGAGAUAUCGAAACUAAUAACUGAAAGAGAAUUUAAGGUUAUUUGCGUAGCCUCAGUUCUCUGAUAUUAUGAGUGAGAUGUCUCACCGCAUUCAAAUAAAAUAAAAUACAAGUUUAUUGGUCGUGUACACAGUUUAGCAGAUGUUAUAGCGGGUGCAGUGAUAAUGCUUAUGUUACCAGCUCCUAACAAUGCAGUAAAAUGUCAAACAAGUACACAAAUAAUAAUAAAAAUCAAGAAAUCUUGAAAUGGCGGAAAGAAUCCAACUAACAACCCAAAUAGCACUACAAUAUUCCCUACUCGCAAGAGCUUGAGGAAGUUCGGCAUGAUCGAGAAUGAUCAGAGGGCGGGUGAGUGGUGGCUCUUUAUGAUGAGGGGAGGGGCUCACCUUAUUCGCCACUCGACUUGUCUGUUUCCGACAGACGUGUGUGAUUGGUUCUUCAAGCUUCUGAGAUUCUGGUGAAUCCCCCUCAUGUGAGAUAUCUCACUCAUAAUAUCAGAGAACCGGGGGUUACGCAAGUAACCUUACGUUUUGGCUUAGCGGGAGUAUUGCUCCAUGAAUAGAGACAUAGAGACCAUGUAGUCAGAAGACUGAACACUCAGCAAGGGGACUGAGGUUAUUUACAGCUACAGUAUAUGGAGAAAGCAGAGAAAAUAGAGAGAGCAGUGGGAGGAAAGAAAGAGCAAAGACUGCAGGAGGGUAACAGAGAUUUGUGUUGCUCUCCACACUUUAGUCACUGUCCCGCCGGACUCGUAAAUCCUGAGGGCCCAUUCCCCUGGAGGGCCACAUGUUAUUCAGUGGUGGAGCUUAGACCCUCACAAACACACACACACACAAACACACACACACACAAACACACACACACACACACACACACACACACACACGACCGCACCCUUUGUCUCUUGUCUCCCUUUCUCUCUCUCUCCUUCUUUCUCUCUCUCACCUUCUUUCUCUCUCUCUCUCCUUCUUUCUCUCUCUCUCUCUUUCUUUCUCUCUCCCUCUCUCCUUCUUUCUCUCUCUCACUUGCCUCCUUUUCUCUCUCUCUGUUCCCUCCCUGCCUUCCUCCGAUUCUUGUCACUUUCAAUUCAAUUCAAUUUAAGGGCUUUAUUGGCAUGGGAAACAUGCAGUACCAGUCAAAAGUUUGGACACACCUACUCAUUCAAGGGAUUUUCUUAAUUUUUUAAAAGUGUUUACAUUGUAGAAUAAUAGUGAAGACAUCAAAACUAUGAAAUAACACAUAUGGAAUCAUGUAGUAACCAGAAAAGUGUUAAACAAAUAUAUUUUAUAUUUGAGAUUCUUCAAAUAGCCACCCUUUGCCUUGAUGACAGCUUUGCACACUCUUGGCAUUCUCUCAAACAGCUUCACCUGGAAUGCUUUUCCAACAGUCUUGAAGGAGUUCCCACAUAUGCUGAGCACUUGUUGGCUGCUUUUCCUUCACUAUGCUGUCUGACGCAUCCCAAACCAUCUAAAUUGGGUUGAGGUCGGGGGAUUGUGGAGGCCAGGUAAUCUGAUUCAGAACUCCAUCCCUCUCCUUCUUGGUAAAAUAACCCUUACACAGCCUGGAGGUGUGUUGGGUCAUUGUCCUGUUGAAAAACAAAUGAUAGUCCCACUAAGCCCAAACCAGAUGGGAUGACGUAUCGCUGCAGAAUGCUGUGGUAGCCAUGCUGGUUAAGUGUGCCUUGAAUUCUAAAUAUAUCACAGACAGUGUCACCAGCAAAGCACCCCAACACCAUAACACCUCCUCCUCCACGCUUUACGGUGGGAACUACACAUGCGGAGAUCAUCCGUUCACCCACACCGCAUUUCACAAAGACACAGCGGUUUGAACCAAAAAUCUCCAAUUUGGACUCCAGAACAAAGGACAAAUUUCCAUCGGUCUAAUGUCCAUUGCUCAUGUUUCUUUGCCCAAGCAGGUCUCUUCUUCUUAUUGGUGUCCUUUAGUAGUGGUUUCUUUGCAGCAAUUCGACCAUGAAGGCCUGAUUUACACAGUCCCCUAAGAACAGUUGAUGUUGAGAUGUGUCUGUUACUUGAACUCUGUGACGUAUUUAUUUGAGCUGCAAUUUCUGAGGCUGGUAACUCUAAUGAACUUAUCCUCUGCAGCAGAGGUAACUCUGGGUCUUCCAUUCCUGUGGCGGUCCUCAUGAGAGCCAGUUUCAUCAUAGCGCUUGAUGGUUUUUGCGACUGCACUUGAAGAAACUUUAAAAGUUCUUGAAAUGUUCCGCAUUGACUGACCUUCAUGUCUUAAAGUAAUGAUGGACUGUCGUUUCUCUUUGCUUAUUUGAGCUGUUCUUGCCAUAAUAUGGACUUGGUCUUUUACCAAAUAGGGCUAUCUUCUGUAUACCCCCCCCCCCCCCCCCCCCCCCCCCCCACACACACACACACACACCUUGUCACAACACAACUGAUUGGCUCAAACGCAUUAAGAAGGAAAUAAAUUCCACAAAUUAACUUUUAAGAAGGCACACCUGUUAAUUUAAAUGCAUUCCAGUUGACUGCCUCAUGAAGCUGGUUGAGAGAAUGCCAAGAGUGUGCAAAGAUGUCAUCAAGGCAAAGGGUGGCUUUUUGAAGAAUCUCUUUAAUCCGUUUGCAUAAAUCAAACGCCCCAAGCGUCAAACGAAACUGUACAAGGGAAAACAUCCACCUUGGCAAUAACACAGUGAAAUGUAGCUCAAUCGAGCUACACGCUCUCACAACAAUACAAUCACUCACAAAGACAAGGGGAACAGAGGGAACACUUAUACACAUACUAAUUAGGGGAAUGAUCACCAGGUGUGUGUGAUUGACAAGACAUGACAAGUGGAGUGAUGAGAAUGGGAUCAGCAGUAGCUAGUACUCCGGUGACGAUGAACGCCGAAGCCUGCCCGAACCAGGAGGGGGGACAGCCUCGGCGGAAGUUGCCCCGAAUAAACCUUUGGUAGUAGUUGGCAAAGCCAAGGAAGCGCUGCACCUCCUUUACCGUGGUUGGUCGGCCAAUUACGCACGGCUGCAAUGCGGUCUCCCUCCAUCUCCACACCUGUGGUGGUAAUGCGAUAUCCGAGGAAGGAGAUUGACUGCUGGAAAAACUCACACUUCUCUGCCUUGGCAUAAAGAUCAUUUUCCAGCAGUCGGACCAGUACUUUGCGAACCAGGGACACAUCCUCAGCAUGCGUAGCGGAAUACACCAGGAUGUCAUCGAUGUAGACCACCACACCGCAACCAAGCAUGUCUCAUUCACAAAGGACUGGAAAACAGAUGGAGCAUUCAUCAAACCGUAGGGCAUCACCAGGUAUUCAUAAUGCCCUGAGGUUGUGCUGAAUGCUGUUUUCCACUCAUCCCCUUCCCAAAUACGCACCAGGUUGUAGGCAUUCCUGAGGUCUAAUUUGGUGAAAAAAUGGGCCCCAUGCAUUGACUCAAUCACUGAAGGAAUGAGGGGAAGAGGAUAACUAAAUCGUACCGUCACAUUAUUCAGUGGUCGAUAAUCAAUGCACGGGCGUAAACCGCCAUCUUUCUUCUUCACAAAGAAGGAACUCGAGGAGGCAGGUGAAGUGGAGGGACGUAUAUACCCCUGGCGCAGGGACUCAGUGACGUAUUUUUCCAUAGCCUCCGUUUCAGCCUGCGACAGGGGAUACACAUGACUCCUGGGAGGUACAGCGUCUACCCAAAGUUUUAUCGCGCAAUCCCCCUCCCGAUGAGGUGGUAAUUUAGUCGCUUGCAUCUUGGAAAAUGCGAGCGCCAGAUCAUGGUAUUCGGGGGGAAUGCGCACGGUGGGGGUACCGUCUGGACUUUCCACCGUGGUCGCACCAACGGAAACACCUAGACACCUACCCGGACACUCACGCGACCACCCCGUAAGAACCCUCUGCGGCCAUGAGAAAUUGGGGUUGUGAAGGGCUAACCACAGGAUACCCUAGACUACAGGGUAAGCAGGAGACUCAAUAAUCAUAAAGGUGAUCUGCUCAACAUGUGUCUCCUGCGUAAUCAUGGUGACUGGUACCGUAACCUCCUUAACCAACCCGGAUCCUAAUGGUCGACUAUCUAGUGCUCUGAUGGGGAGUGGAAUGGUUAGGGGAACCAAUGAAAUGCCUUGACGGUGUGCAAAUGCCCUGUCCAUAAAAUUCCCAGCUGCGCCUGAAUCGACUAGAGCCUUACACUGGGAACCUACCAAGUGAUCGGAAAAGGAGAUAGAUAAAGUACAGUGUGCCGCAAAGGGCUCUGAACACGUUUGGGUGUUCGUUACCUGGGGUGAUGCGUGAGUACCCUACCUACCGCCUCCAGACCCAAAAGAACGUUGACUGCGACGUGAGGUGGAUUGUCCCUUCGUGCCACCAGAGUGGCACUGUUGCUGUCCUCCUGCGCUCUCUCGACCGGCAGCUCACCCCAGCUCCAUCUGCUCGGUGUCAGAGUCGUCCGGAGUGGGAACGGGUAGACCCCUACCAGGACGUCCUCUGGCUGCUAGCAGAUUGUCCAGCCGGAUGGCCAUGUCCACCAAUUGGGAGACCGAUAGCAUGGCAUCCCGGCACGCUAGCUCCCGUCGGACGUCUAAGGUGGCACCGGAAAUGGUCUAUCAGGGCCCGCUCGUUCCACCCGGACCCCGCUGCCAGCGUCCGGAACUCAAGCGAGUAGUCCUGAGUGGUCCUCGUCCCCUGCCUCAGAUGAACCAGUCGUUCGCCCGCCUCUCGACCCUCAGGCGGGUGAUCAAAAACGGCCCGAAAGAGGCGAGCAAACUCCCCGUAGUUCUCCAACGUGGUACCUCCCUCGUUCCACACCGUGUUGGCCCACUCCAAGGCUCUCCCACAAAGGGAGGAAACGAGGACGGAUACCUUCUCCCGCUCCCGGGGCUCCGGUCUGAUGCUGGAGAAAUACAACUCCAGUUGGAGUAGGAAUCCCUUACAUCGCGCUUCAGUCCCAUCAAAUGCCGGUGGCCGGGAUAUCUGGAUCCCUCCAGGGGCUGGGGUGUAAGUGGCUGCAUCCGGUUGACCAGCUGGUCUCGAUAGAUCGGAUCCUCUCCUCUCCAGGCGUUCUACCACCUGAAGAACCCGAUCCAUUGCUUCCCCCAAGCUGGCCAACAUCGAGGAAUGCUCCUGGACCCUUGCCACAACUCCAGGCAUGCGGUCUUCUCCUGCUGACUCCAUAUCAGAUCAGGUGAGUGAUUCUGUGACGAGGUGUGAAAGAAGGAGUCAGGUGCAGGAGGUAAAAUACCGAAGUCCAGAGUUUAAUCCGUUUGCAUAAAUCAAACGCCCCAAGUGUCAAACGAAACUAUACAAGGGAAAACAUCCACCUUGGCAAUAACAUAGUGAAAUGUAGCUCAACCGAGCUACAUGCUCUCACAACAAAACAAUCACUCACAAAGAAGGGGAACAGAGGGAACACUUAUACACAUACUAAUUAGGGGAAUGAGCACCAAUUGUGUGUGAUUGACAAGACAUGACAAGUGGAGUGAUGAGAAUGGGAUCGGCAGUAGCUAGUACUCCGGUGACGACGAACGCCGAAGCCUGCCCGAACCAGGAGGGGGGGCAGCCUCGGCGGAAGUCGUGACAAAAGCAAGUAAACAUCUUAAUACUUGUCUCAGACAAACUCUGGUAUUUAUCUACAUCUCAACCAUUCCACUACAUAAUCCCUGCUCUGCUCUACUGCUCUGAGACUGACAAGUCAGAGAGAGAACCAUUGUAGAGGGGAGACAGAGGUGGGAGAGGAGAGAGAAGUAGAGAGAGACCAUAGCGAGACAGCUAGAGAGGAAAGAGAUCAACAUUGAGCGAGAGAGAGAAGAGGCAGGAGUAGUACAGUAUAUAGAUACUGCCAGAGUGAAAGAGAAGAACAAGUGAGAGAGAGAGAGUGAGAGAGUGAGAGUGAGAGAGAGAGAGAGAAAUAAAGAGAAAGCGACUGAUGCGAGGAAAGGUGAUUCAUCAUUGUCUGGGUAAAGAAUGUAAUUCCAAAUAGAGGAUACAUUCUGUUCUCUACAGAUGUGUUCACGCUUUAAUUAUUCCCAUAGGUAGAGGAGAAGUCGGAUCAGCAGACAGCUUCCCUACAAAACUACUGUGUACUAUGUAUUUUUGGCUGACAAAGUUGGUCAUACAUAAAUUAUAUCAUAACCCAGUUUGGUAAAGCUUUACCAGUUUUGGUAACCCUUGAUGGUAAAGCAUUUUAUAGUUUUCUUACAAUUAGGUCCCACUUUAAACAAACAAUUUAUAAAGGCUUGUAUAGAAUACAUAAAGUCUUCAUUAGCACAAAAUAGAUACUUCACAAAUCACUUACUCUAUUUACGGUGCAUGGUAACACUUUACUUGAAGGGGGUAUACAUACAGUAAGGCAUUCAUAACUCCUUUAUGAGUGCUGCAGUAUCAUUCAUAACAAACUUUAUAACAUAUUAAUUCAAAAUGAAAUUCCCUUGAAAUAGAUAUUUAUUUACCCAUUGUAGAGUGAAAAUGUGUAUUUCUACUGCCACAGUACCAACCCUCUAAUACAGGGAUGGGAAACUGACGGCCCUUUUGUAGGCCCGCAGGGCUGUUUCUUUUUUUAACUUUCUUUUUUACUUACUGUUGACUGUUCGAAUAGUAGAAUACGCAAGGUGCAAUUUAGUUAUGCAUCAGUAGUCUUUCCCUUGUUAUGCCAGUCACUGAGAGUCACUUAAUUAGCCCAUGUCAGCUAAACAUUUUAAUCAUGGCCGAAUUACCAAUCGGGGCCCCCCAUUGAUUUUGUAAGUCACUCUCACUCAGAUAUCAUAUUAAAAACGGCAAACAUUUCUCUCCACCCAACGGCAAGAUGUGUAGAAUUGCAGGAAAUUAGCUGUAAAACUGCUCAUUUUCCCCCCGCCCCAUGGCAAAAUGUGUAGCAAUAUUUUCUUUGUGGCCCCCUUCAAAGUUGCCCAUCCGUGCUGUAAUAUAUCCGUGCCCAUCCAUGCUCUAAUACACUAUUCACGUAACAGGCUGGGAGCAGAACAGUUAGUGACUGUGUGCAUAGAGUGUUUUGUAUCCUCUCUCAUGAUCUUUCAAUGCUGCAGGAUGCCACUGGGUAAACAGCCCUUGCAAUUAUCAAUAUUAUCUUAACCCUCCUAUUAUGUUCAAAAAGCCUAUCCACAGUUGAUGUUCUGUGUCAAUUUGACCCAGUAUCCAUUAGUAAGUACAGAACAUACAGUAAGAAGGUGGAUCUGAAGCAAACAGAGUACCUGGCCUACAGUGAAUCCUUGGCCUUGAGCACCAAUCGUAAAUGUCAUGUUAGGCCUACAGCAUGUUCUCUGCGAACUUAAGCCAAAAAUAUGUGUUCCUACAAUAAUACUUUGGGGGUUGGGUACUGUGGCUAUGAAAAUAUAAAUGUCUAAAUAAAUGUUUAUAUAAAGAUCUAUUUCUGUGUUACUGAUGAAAAUUGAAAUGUAACUCCUUAUAAAUUAUAUUGAAUAAAUGUGUUACUAAGGUUUUUAUAAAUGGUAAUGCAAUACUCAUGAAGGUGUUAUGACUGGUUUCAUAACGGUGUUGUGAAUGGCUUUUGUAUACUCCCUUUAAGUAAAGUGUUAUCGGUUGCAUUGCCAAAUGUGACAAAACCCACUAUGUCAAUUCCCCAAAACAGGGUGACAUAACGUUAUUGAUAAUAGCCUAAACCUACCCAACCAGUCUGAAUUCAAUGGGAAACCCAUACACCGUUGAUGGAAUUUAUCAAUUGUAAAUAGUGAUUGCUUUAGAUCAGGUACUGCAAAAAAUACUUUAAUAAUAAUUAAAAGAUCUACGAGAUAAAGUGUGGAAAGGCGCAAGUCAGGGGAUGGAUAUAAAACGAUUUCAAAGGCUUUGUCUAUCCCUCGGAGCACAGUUAAAGCCAUUAUUAAGAAGUGGAAGGCGUAUGGCAACACCCAGAUCCUGCAUAGAUCAGGCCGUCCCUCCAAACUGGAUGACCGGGCAAGGAGGAGACUGAUCAGAGAGGCCACCAAGAAGCCAAUGGCGACUUUGAAGGAGCUUCAGGCCUUUAUGGCAAAGACUGGUCAAUGUGUGCAUGUGACCACAAUAUCACAAGCGCUCCACAAAUCUAGCCUCUAUGGGAGGGUGGCAAGAAGAAAAAAACACUCCUAAAAAAACAUCAAGUCUCAUUUGAGCUUUGCCAAAAUGCACAUUGUAGAUUCGGAGGCCAAGUGGCAAAUGUUGCUGUGGUCAGAUGAGACCAAAAUGUUACUUUUUGGCCUGAAUGCAAAACGAUAUGUCUGGCGAAAACCCAAUACAUCUUUCCACCCAAAGAACACCAUGCCUACAGUAAAGCACAGCGGUGGCAGCAUCCUGUUGUGGGGGUGUUUCUCUUCAGCUGGGACUGGAGCACUUCAGGAUAGAAGGGAAAAUGGACAGUGCGAUAUACUGACAGAUUCUUGAGGAGAACCUGCAGCCCUCUGCCAGGAAGUUGAAAAUGGGAAGAUGGUUCACAUUUCAACAUGACAAUGACCCAAAGCACACCGCCAAAGCAACCAUACAGUGGCUGAAGGACAAGAAGGUGAAUUUCCUUGAGUGUCCUAGUCAGAGCCCCGACCUAAAUCCCAUCGAGAAUCUAUGGAAUGACUUGAAGAGUGCAGUCCAUGAGCGGUCACCAUGCAAUUUGACUGAGCUUGAACAAUUCUGCAAGGAAGAAUGGGCAAAUAUUGCACAGUCUAGGUGUGCAAAGUUAGUAGAGAUGUAUUCAAAGAGACCCAUGGCUGUAAUUCAAGCAAAAGGUGGUUCCAUCAAGUAUUAACUCAGGGGGGUGUUCACUUAUCCAAAUAGGGUAUUUUACUGUUUUCAUUUUAAUUAAUGUUCAGAGUUUUUUAGAAAAAUGUUCUCCUCUUGGAUAUUGUGGGUUACUGUGUGUAAAUAAAGACAGAAAAAGUCUGAUUUUAUGUGUUUUCAUUUCAGGCUGUAAGGAAACAAAAGGUGAACAUUUUGAAAGGGGUUGGUGACUUUCUAUACCCACUGUAUACUGUAUACUGUAGUGUUGGAGAGCCAGUAUGGAACAAUAAUAAUAAUAAUAUGCCAUUUAGCAGACGCUUUUAUCCAAAGCGACUUUCUUCCCUCUGGUCUUAAGAUCAAAUCCCAAUGUCCUACAUAGGGUGCCAUCUUUCGGAUGGGAUGUUAAACAGGUGUCCUGACUCUGUGGUCACUAAAAAUCCCAUGGCACUUAUUGUAAGAGUAGGGGUGUUAACCCCGAUGUCCUGGCUAAAUUCCCAACCUGUCCCCAUUUCCGUCAUGGCCACCGAAUCAUCCCCCUCAUUCCUAAUUGGCAUAUAUCACUCCUCACCUCGCCACCUGAUAGCUGAUGUGUGGUGAGCACAAAUGGUUGCCGUGCAUCACCCAAAUGGGUGCUACAUAUUGGUGGUGGAUGAGGUGAAUUUCCCAUACCUUACAGUGCUUUGAGCACCUUAAAAGGCGCUAUAUAAAAAUGCAAUCAAUAUAUAUAUAUAUAUAUAUAUAUUACUAACGUUUACAAAUGUAAAUGUAUGUUCAUAUUAAAUAAUGAUUAUUAAUUGGUGAACAAACUAUUUCUAAAUGGUUUAUUACUGGACUGUAUUAUAAAGCGUUUGCAAGAGUUUCAGUUUGUGUGUACCAUAGACGCAGCCUUUUUUCUCAUGAGAAUUAUACUCUGUUUAAGUGUAACGUGUAGUGAGAGCAUUUGGCAUGCAAUCAGGCGUUUGGCGUCAGAUAACCAGAUUAUAACCAGUUAAAGAUUUUAGUGUUAAAAAAACAACAACACUGAGAGUUUUAAAUCAACACUGAAAGUGUUGAGUCUGUGGACCUGUAUAGACACCGGAACAGUGUUAAAUUAACACACUGCUUAGUGUAAAGCUAUAUUCAAAGAUUUCCCAGAGUGCCUUGCCUUUCGAGCAAAUUGUAGCGUUACCACCCAUGAUUGAUGUGUAUGAAUAUCAUGCCAGUCUUAGGGUAAAACUAGGCCCUCAAAAAAUGCCCUUAUGAAAUACGUAUGAUAUUGUGCUAAAUAAAUUAUUUUAUUUUUUAUGAUAACAUAUUCGCUUAGUCCAUAGGACCGAAAAUGGAUGAAUGUAACAACCAUUUCUAGUUACUAACAAAUUCAGUCAUGGGUGGUAAUUCUAUAAUUUACUCGAAAGGCAAGGCACUCUGGAAAGGCUUUACACUAAGUAGUGUGUUAAUUUAACACUGUUCCGGUGUCUAUAUGGGUCCACAGACUCAACACUUCCAGUGUUGAUUUAGUUUUUUUUUAACACUGGAGAAUUUGCUGUGUCCAUUUAUCAGAAGUUGCUUGUAUUCUGUUCUGAAGUGUCUGUGUGUGUUGUUGUUCUGUCUGUAGCUACUACAUGGAUGGCAGAGUGACCAAAGUAGAGGACUUUCUGAAGACGCGCCUGCUGGACACCCUGACCGAACAGAUCACUAAAGUACUCAAGGUGAGAGAAAGGGAAGUGUUGACACAAGGUCUCAGGCAAGGUAAUUCAUUAUGUAAGUAUGCUUCACCAAAUCACCUCCGUUAAAUGUGCCUCUUCCCAUCCCCCGCUGCCCCCCUGCCUUGUCCCUCCAUAGUCCUACCUCUGUAAGGACACAGUUCCCAGUUCAGUUUUAUGGAUCUCAACUCUCAGCUCUAGAACAGUAACUUCCCUCAGUGAGAAAGAAAGGCCAUAAGAACCUGUCUGUCUGUCUGUCGUGCUCACAAUUAAGUCAUAAUUGCUACUAACACUAUUUCCAAUCUAUAGUUACAGUCUCUGAGUUGGUAGAAAAUACCCAAUUCUUCUCUAUUGUAAAAGAGAAGACCCCCCCAAAGCACAUUAAAACAAUCAAAGAACAAUGUGUUCCGCCCUAUUGUGUGUGCGUGCGUUCGUGUGUGCGAGCGUGUAUGCAAGCGUGUUUGUGCUGUACAUGCUUGUGCGUGCUUGUGUCCCCCCAUUUGCUGCCAGUAGUAAUGGUUUGCAGCCAUGCUAGGAGAGAGAUUCUCUGGAAGCUGUUUAGAGCAGAGAGAACAGGUCAUCGGGACAGAGAACCAUUUAACAGGGUACGUCUCAGAUCAUGAAUUUCCCUAAUGGUCCUUCAAGUGAUUCAGAAUUAAUACAAGACGCUGCUGUAGCUGUCUCUGGACCAGCUAGAUCGGACUAAAGUUUGAGGAGAUCGGCUAUCCAACAGAGUUCAUCUCAAUCCAGAUGUUCUAUCAAUCUGUUCACGUUUUUGUUCUCUAAAUUAGACGUGCUAACUUCGUUGCUGUCACUGAACAAACGAGAUUCUCAUUCCUCCUUUUAAUAAUAAUAAUUAGGUGGGUGCAUAUAUUUGCAAGAGUGUAUUAACACGCAUGUGUGAAUUGGAAAUGUAUUUGUUGCUUUAGUGGGCAGUAAUAUAUUUGACGUGUAUAUACAGUGCGGGAAAAAAGUAUUUGGUCAGCCACCAAUUGUGCAAGUUCUCCCACUUAAAAAGAUGAGAGAGGCCUGUAAUUUUCAUCAUAGGUACACGUCAACUAUGACUGACAAAAUGAGAAAAAAAGUCCAGAAAAUCACAUUGUAGGAUUUUUAAUGAAUUUAUUUGCAAAUUAUGGUGGAAAAUAAGUAUUUGGUCAAUAACAAAAGUUUCUCAAUACUUUGUUAUAUACCCUUUGUUGGCAAUGACACAGGUCAAACGUUUUCUGUAAGUCUUCACAAGGUUUUCACACACUGUUGCUGGUAUUUUGGCCCAUUCCUCCAUGCAGAUCUCCUCUAGAGCAGUGAUGUUUUGGGGCUGUCGCUGGGCAACACGGACUUUCAACUCCCUCCAAAGAUUUUCUAUGGGGUUGAGAUCUGGAGACUGGCUAGGCCACUCCAGGACCUUGAAAUGCUUCUUACGAAGCCACUCCUUCGUUGCCCGGGCGGUGUGUUUGGGAUCAUUGUCAUGCUGAAAGACCCAGCCACGUUUCAUCUUCAAUGCCCUUGCUGAUGGAAGGAGGUUUUCACUCAAAAUCUCACGAUACAUGGCCCCAUUCAUUCUUUCCUUUACACGGAUCAGUCGUCCUGGUCCCUUUGCAGAAAAACAGCCCCAAAGCAUGAUGCUUCCACCCCCAUGCUUCACAGUAGGUAUGGUAUUCUUUGGAUGCAACUCAGCAUUCUUUGUCCUCCAAACACGACGAGUUGAGUUUUUACCAAAAAGUUCUAUUUUGGUUUCAUCUGACCAUAUGACAUUCUCCCAAUCCUCUUCUGGAUCAUCCAAAUGCACUCUAGCAAACUUCAGACGGGCCUGGACAUGUACUGGCUUAAGCAGGGGGACACGUCUGGCACUGCAGGAUUUGAGUCCCUGGCGGCGUAGUGUGUUACUGAUGGUAGGCUUUGUUACUUUGGUCCCAGCUCUCUGCAGGUCAUUCACUAGGUCCCCCCGUGUGGUUCUGGGAUUUUUGCUCACCAUUCUUGUGAUCAUUUUGACCCCACGGGGUGAGAUCUUGCGUGGAGCCCCAGAUCGAGGGAGAUUAUCAGUGGUCUUGUAUGUCUUCCAUUUCCUAAUAAUUGCUCCCACAGUUGAUUUCUUCAAACCAAGCUGCUUACCUAUUGCAGAUUCAGUCUUCCCAGCCUGGUGCAGGUCUACAAUUUUGUUUCUGGUGUCCUUUGACAGCUGUUUGGUCUUGGCCAUAGUGGAGUUUGGAGUGUGACUGUUUGAGGUUGUGGACAGGUGUCUUUUAUACUGAUAACAAGUUCAAACAGGUGCCAUUAAUACAGGUAACGAGUGGAGUACAGAGGAGCCUCUUAAAGAAGAAGUUACAGGUCUGUGAGAGCCAGAAAUCUUGCUUGUUUGUAGGUGACCAAAUACUUAUUUUCCACCAUAAUUUGCUAAUAACUUCAUAAAAAAUCCUACAAUGGGAUUUUCUGGAAAAAAAAUCUCAAUUUGUCUGUCAUAGUUGACGUGUACCUAUGAUGAAAAUUACAGGCCUCUCUCAUCUUUUUAAGUGGGAGAACUUGCACAAUUGGUGGCUGACUAAAUACUUUUUUUCCCCACUGUACAGUAAAUAUGAUAUUAUAAAUAACUCACCUGUGACUAGUAAUAAGACUAAGCAAUUAGCCUAUUAAAAUGUUUAUCUGACUCCAUAAAGAUGAUUUAGCAAUAUGCAAGAACACUAUAGUUGAGUUACAGUAAUAGGUCAUCAAGAAAUGUCUGAGGAUAGAAUUCUUAAUACAAGUGUAUUUCAUUACUUUGUAAAAUUGUUACGUUCCCCAGCAAGUUAAAUAAAGGUUAAAUAAAAAUAAAAUAAAAGCAAGAAAACCAAAAAUGUCGCUUAAACAGAAGAGGGAACUAACAAAUAGUCACUGACCAACAACCAAAACGAAACAGGUGGAGUUUUAGGAGGGGUUCUGAAAGACACUCAUGGGGGUGUCCACUGAAAGUUGACUAGCAACAAAAACUAGAACCUAAAAGACACCCACCAUGAGCACCCACUAAAUUUGCCAGAGAAGAGACAAACAAAAGAAAAACCCAGACCAAACUUAAAGACAGGAAGUAAACCAAAAGGGUGGAGCAAAACAAAAUCAGGGAAAUCAGAUAAAGGAUUGUUUGUCUAAAAAUCUAAAUAGGGAGCGCCAACUAAAGGUGUUAACCAUCCGCAUCUAUCAAGACAACGGAAGCACUGGGCCAGCCAAUCUUAGAUAGCACCUGAGUCAGCACAGGUAAAACACCUUCCCUCUAACGAGACGGCAACCAGCACAGGUGUAACACAUACUGACUAAUGAGGUGACACCAAUCGGUGCGUCCUACGUGCUAAUGAGCUAUACGUGCUAAAGUGCAACCUCAAAACAUAAAUGGAAAAACCAAAGCCUGUAACACUUUCCCCCUUAAGACAACAAAUAUAUCCUAUAUUUUUGUUGGACAAGUUUGCUCACCACCAACAGAAAACAACUUCCAUUUCUCAACAUGAUCAACUUAAAUGCAUUGCUACGUAUGCGUUGCCUUCUCCAAUGUAAACAUGGCAUUUACUGGCUGUCAACAAUUAAAUAUAAGACACAACACACAUUUUAUUUUCCUUUUAAAUAUAUACUGUAUAUAUUUAUAUGUUUUUACAAUCUUUUUAUUAUUUGUUAAAUCUUUUUUUCUUUUUCUUUCUAUAGUUGCCUAAAACUCACAAGUUUUAGAAAAACUUAUGUACACUUCUAUAACUCUCAUUGUCACGCCCUGACUCAGGGGAUGCUUAUAUGUUGAGUCAGGGUGUGUAUAUUCCUUGUUGUGCUUUUUCUAUGUUGUAUUCUAGUAUGUAUAGAUCUAUGUUGGCCGGUGUGGUUCCCAAUCAGAGGCAGCUGUCGCUAGUUGUCUCUGAUUGGGGAUCAUACUUAGGCAGCCUAUUGGCACUGUGUAGUUGUGGGAUCUUGUUCCUUGUAAGGUAUGUUGUGUGUUCUACCUUGGACUUCACGUUUCGUUUUGGUUUGUUAUUUUGUCGUGGGUUUAUAAGUUAAUAAACAUGUACGUAUAUCACGCUGUGCCUUGGUCUGACCCGUCAUUCAACGAACGUGACACUCAUCCCCUUGGAACGAGCCCAACCAAAACAAUACUCAUCUCCAAAACAGCAAAACGUGCACUCAAAAGAAACUGUGAGCCAGGGCAACACACUGGCUAAACGCAAAACACAAAACUUAUUGACUGCCCACCCUUGAAAGACAAUAAGCGACCAAAUUGUCCUUACCACAGACAUGUCUGAUUUCAAGGGGAAACUCCUGCAAUAUAAGACUCCAGCGAAGGAGUCUGCGAUUCGUGGAGCUCGUCUUUUACAGGAAAAUUAGAGUUAUGAUCGGUAUAGACCACCAGAGGUGCUGAAGAGCCAGUACCAAAGCGAGUGUCCCCAUCUCAGUAGUCGAGUAGUGUUUUUUAUAUGAGGCCAAUUUCUUGAAAAGUACCCCACAGGGUGCUUGACGUUGUUAUUGUCUUUCUGUAGGAGCACAGCCCCUGCUUCUACGUCACUGGCAUCGAUAUACAAAGCAAAUGGAUGAUCAAAAUCCGGAGCAGCUAACACCGGUGCAGAGACUAAAAGGUUCUUUGUCUUCUCAAAAGCCUCCUGACAGUCGGGGCUCCAACAGAAAACGACUUUCAGACUGGUCAAAUCUGUGAGUGGCGCAAAAAGCCCGGUAGUAACCGGCCAUUCCCAAGAAUCGGUGCAGUUCCUGGCGAGAAGCUGGCACUGGAAGGCUAUUGAUGGCCUCCACUUUUGCCAGGACUGGUCGAACAUCCCCUUGCCCCACCACCUUCCUGAGAUAUUUGACUGUUGUUCUGGCAAUUUCGCUCUUAGACAGGUUAACUGUCAGGUUGGCAGCUGUGAAACGCCAGAACAGACUCCUAAUAUCCUGAAGGUGUUGGGGCAGGUUGUGCUAAAUACGACCACAUCUAAAUAUGCCUCAGCAUUUUCUAGGCCACGUAGCACGAUGUGCAUGAGCCUUUGAAACGUGGCUCCGGCAUUUCGGAUCCCGAACGGGAGACGAAGGUAGGAAAACAAACCAUCAGGAGUGACAAAAGCAGGCAACUCUUUGGCACUCUCAGUUAGAGGGACCUGCCAAUAUCCCUUCAGCAGAUCGAACUUGCUAACGUAAUUAGCAGCUCCAACACGGUCAACACAAUGGUCGACCCUGGGCAAAGGGUAUGAGUCUGAUUUAGUUACGGUAUUGAGUUUCUGAAAAUCAGAACAAAACCACAGAGACACAUCCGCCUUAGGUACUAAUAUUCCGAGCGAACUCCACAAACUGUUGCCAUGUUGUGCAAUGCGUGCUCAAGUAUGAACUCUACCUCCCUGCGGAGCUUCUCUCUCUUUUCAGGGUUCACUCGAUAGGAAUGUUGUUUGAUCGGGGCCGAGUCCCCAACGUCAAUGUCAUGUUCUAGUACAAUUGUCUGGAUUGGCACAUCUGAGAAUAAACCCUGAUAUUCAAAAAUGUUGCCUUUUUCCUCCGGAGACAAGUGUGCCAGAAAGAUAUCAAGGUUUUCUAGAAUCUCUGAGUUACUCAACCUUCCAACCGGCACAGGGUUUAUUGGGCUUUCGUCGUACUCUUGAGGAAGACUAUAGUAAACUGUGACAGCAGUGGCCACAGGCAGAACAUCAUUACCGGUUUUCACCGACUUCGCCGCCCAAUCGUAGCGGAUGAAGUAUGGUUUCAACAUGUUGACAUGACACAGCCGGGUUUUUCUCCGGCGAUGAUGUAAUCCAGAUUACCAAUUUUUUUCACUAUGGGGUAAGGGCCUGAAAUCGAGCCUGCAACGGUGACCCCAGAACCGUCAACAAAACCAGGACAACAAAGGCAAAUUCACAAGCGCGGCAUAAUCUGUAUCGAAAAGCACUAAUGUGCUCCAACAGAUUUGUUUUUGUUUUUAAAGUGUCACCCUUCAACAACAUCUCUCUCAGCAAACUCAAAGGACCUCUGACAUAAUGUCCAAACACAAGUUCAUUCGGACUAAAACCGAGAGAUUCCUGAACAACCUCCCGCGCUGCAAACAGCACAAGACCCCUUCAUCCCAGUCUGUCUCAAACUCAAAGCAGUAAGCUCUCAACAUACAGUGCAUUCAGAAAGUAUUCAGACCCCUUGACUUUUUCCACAUUUUGUUACAUUACAGCCUUAUUCUAAAAUUGAUUAAAUUGUUUUUUUCCCCUUAUCAAUCUACACACAAUACCUCAUAAUGACAAUUCAAAAACAGGUUUUUAUACAUUUUUGCAGACCCUUUACUCAGUACUUUGUUGAAGCACCUUUGGCAUCGAUUACAACCUCAAGUCUUAUUGGGUAUGACGCUACAAGCUUGGCACACCUGUAUUUGGGGAGUUUCUCCCAUUCGUCUCUGCAGAUCCUCUCAAGCUCUGUCAGGUUGGAUGGGGAGCGUCGCUGCACAGCUAUUUUCAGGUCUCUCCAGAGAUGUUUGAUCGGGUUCAAGUCCAGGCUCUGGCUGGGCCACUCAAGAACAUUCAGAGACUUGUCCUGAAGCCACUCCUGUGUUGUCUUGGCUGUGUGCUUAAGGUCAUUGUGCUGUUGGAAGGUGAACCUUCAACCCAGUCUGAGGUCCUGAGCGCUCUGGAGCAGGUUUUCAUCAAAGACCUCUCUGUACUUUGUUUCGUUCAUCUUUCCCUCUAUCCUGACUAGUCUCCCAGUCCCUGCCGCUGAAAAACAUCCCCACAGCAUGAUGCUGCCACCACCAUGCUUCCCCGUAGUGAUGGUGCCAGGUUUCCUCCAGACGUGACGCUUGGCAUUCAGGCCAAAGAGUUCAAUCGUGGUUUCAUCAGACCAGAGAAUCUUGUUUCUCAUGGUCUGAGAGUCUUUUGGUGCCUUUUGGCAAACUCCAAGAGGGCUGUCAUGUGCGUUUUAGUGAGGAGUGCCUUUCGUCUGGCAACUCUACCAUAAAUGCCUGAUUGUUGGAGUGCUGCAGAGAUGGUUGUCCUUCUGGAAUGUUCUCCUAUAGAGUUAUUGGUCACCUCUCUGACCAAGGCCCUUCUCCCUCGAUUGCUCAGUUUGGCCGGGCGGCCAGCUCUUGGAAGAGUCUUGGUGGUUCCAAACUUCUUCCAUUUAAGAAUGAUGGAGGCCACUGUGGUCUUUGGGACCUUCAAUACUGCAGACAUUUUUUGUUACCCUUCCCCAGGUCUGUGCCUCGACACAAUCCUGUCUUGGAGCUCUACAGACAAUUCCUUCGACCUUCAUGGCUUAGUUUUUGCUUUGACACACACUGUCAACUGUGGGACCUUAUAUAGACAAGUAUGUGCCUUUCCAAAUAAUCUCCAAUCAAUUGUAUUUACCACAGUUGGACUCCAAUCAAGUUCUAGAAACAUCUCAAGGAUGAUCAAUGGAAACAGGAUGCACCUGAGCUCAAUUUCGAGUCUCAUAGUAAAGGGUCUGAAUACUUAUGUAAAUAAGGUAUUUAUGUUUUUUAUUUUUAGUACAUUUGCUAAAAUUUAAAGAAAAACUGUUUAGACUUUGUGAUUAAGGGGUAUUGUGUGUAGAUUGAUGACCAUUUUUAUUUAUUUAAUACAUUUUAGAAUAAAGCUGUAAUGUAACAAAAUGUGGAAAAAGUCAAGGGGUCUGAAUUUAUUUAUUUUUAUUUAUUUAACCUUUAUUUAACCAGGAAGGGCUCAUUGAGAUUUAAAAUCUAUUUUUCAAGAGCGUCCUGGCCAAGAUAGGCAGCACCAAGUCAUUACAAAAAAUUACAGACAGACAACAUGAAAAACUACAAGUAAUCUAGUAAAAACCAUUCAUGAAUUCACAAGAGUAUAACAAUAUCAAAAACAGCAAAUUAAAGACAUUGACAGGUCAGGGAAUCAGCCUCAAAAUCCUUCAUCAGAGAUUUAAAAACACCAAUCGGGACAAGUUCUUCCAGUUUAAAAUUAUUUUGUAAGGUGUUCCAAGACGAUGGCGCAGAGUACAUAAAAGACCUUUUACCAAAUUCAGUUCGGACAUUUGGAACAGUUAGCAGGAUAAAGUCCAGUGAACGAAGAGAGUACCCACCACAUUUCUGAACAAUAAAAAUGCCCAAAUAAAAAGGUAGUAAACCCAAAAUGGCUUUGUAAAUAAAAGUAUACCAGUGACUGAGCCUACGAGUGACUAGAGAAGGCCAGCCAACCCUGGUAUACAAAGUACAGUGGUGCGUAAGGGUUUUGCAGUUUAAAAUAAAUCUCAAAGUACCAUGAUAAAGAGUGUCAAUUGAUCUCAAACACUGAGCGGAAGCAUUCAUAUAUAAAAUAUCCCCAUAGUCUAGUAAAGGCAUAAAUGUAGCUGAUACUAGCCUCCUUAUGGCUUCAAAAGAAAAACAGGCCUUAUUCCUAAAAUAAAAUCCCAAUUUCAGCUUCAAUUUUUUUGUAAGUUGUUGAAUAUGCAAUUUAAAAGAGAGGCCGUCAUCAAUUAGAAUUCCAAGAUAUUUAUAUGAGGUUACAACCUCAAUCUCCUUGCCCUGACAGGUAGUAACAGGUGAAAGGUUCAGAGGUCUAUUUCUUGCAUUAGAAAACACCAUUAGUUUAGUUUUGUCAGUAUUGAGGAUAAGCUUCAAUUGACACAAGGUAUGUUGAACAGUAUAAAAAGCAGUUUGCAAGUUCUGGAAAGCUUUUGUAAGAGAUGAGGCACAACAGUAAAUAACAGUAUCAUCAGCAUAAAAAUGAAGUUGUGCAUUUUGGACAUUUUUGUCUAAAUCAUUAAUAUAAAUAGUGAAUAAGAGAGGACCAAGUACAGAGCCCUGGGGCACACCAUUCAGGACAGACAAUUUAACAGACAUAAGCCCAUCAAAUUGAGUGCACUGAGUUCUAUCAGACAGAUAGUUAGCAAACCAUGCAACUGCAUGCUCCGAAAGACCUACACUCAACAAUCUCUUCCUUAGUAUAGCAUGAUCAACUGUAUCAAAAGCCUUAGAGAGAUCAAUAAAAAGUGAGACACAGUGCUGUUUUAUGUCAAGGGCUUCAGUGAUAUCAUUUAAAACCUUAAUGGCUGCUGUAAUUGUGCUAUGCUUCUUCCUGAAGCCCGAUUGAUACAUUGAUAAAAUAGAGUUAGUAAAUAAAAACUAUUUUAGCUGUUCACUUACAAGGGUUUCAAGUAUUUUCACCAGGGGUGACAGCUUUGAGAUUGGCCUAUAAUUAUUUAAAAGAGUUGGAUCUCCCCCUUUUAAAAGUGGUAGGACAAAUGCUGAUUUCCAGAUCUUUGGAAUUUCAUUACAUUCCAGGGUUAGAUUGAACAGAUAUGUAAGUGGUUCAGCUAUGAAAUCAGCUGCCAGAUUUAAAAAGCAGGGAUCCAAAAGAUCAGGACCUGCAGGCUUUCUUUGAUCUAAGGAUUUCAGGGCUUUAUGUACCACCUGCACUGAGAAUGGCAGAAAACUAAAAGUUUGACCAGCUCUCACUGGUUCAUCCACACAGGGUUGUACAGAGACAGAGGACACUGGUUCAUCCACACAGGGUUGUACAGAGACAGAGGACACUGAAUCAAACAGCCUACCAGAUGAUACAAAGUGCUCAUUGAAACAAUUCAGCAUUUCAGUUUUGUCAUAUAUAGCAACAGAGUCCUUCAAAACACAUGACGGUAAUUCAUUAACAUUACUGUUACCAGACAUAGACUUAAUAGCAUUCCAAAACUUUCUAGGGUCAUUCAGGUUAUCAGUGGUAACAGACAUAAAAUAUUCAGACUUGGCCUUCCUGAGAAGAAAAGAACACUUGUUUCUUAACUGCCUAAAAAUAAGCCAAUCAGCAUCAGAACAAGAUUUCCUUGCUUUAGCCCAGGCUAGAUUACGGUCGUGAAUAAUACAAGACAGCUCAGAAGAAAACCAUGGAUUAUCCCGCCCUUUAACCCUGAACCUGCGGAAUGGUGCAUGUUUGUUUACUAUUUGGAAAAAAACAUCAUGAAAGAAUAUCCAGGCAGUUUCCACAUCAGGGAUAAGCUCAAUCUUGCUCCAGUCAAAAUAAAACAAAUCAUGAAAGAAAGCCUGCUCAUUAAAACACUUCAAAUUUCUCUUACGAAUAAAACGUGGAUUUGUCUUUGGAACCUUAGUAUUUCUAACAGCAACAACAGCACAAUGGUCACUUAAAUCAUUACAAAAAACACCAACCGCAGAAUAUUUAUGUGGAACAUUUGUCAAUAUCAAAUCAAUCAGGGUAGAUUUAUCAGGGCAUUUAAGAUUUGGGCGAGUGGGUGAAUUAAUCAACUGGGUAAGAUUCAUAGAAUUACAAAACAUUUUUAAAUCAUCAGACACCGGCUUUAACCAACACCAGUUGAGAUCACCAAUCAAGAUCAUUUCACUGUAAAGAAGUUUAGACAUAAGGUGCGUCAAAGAAGAAAAUGCAUCACCAAGAGCAGAGGGGGGUCUAUAACAGCCAAUCACAGUUAUAGAGAGGCCCUUUGAAACCUCAAUAUUCAAAGCAAGAAAUUCCAACUGUUUACAAAUAGUUUCAGACUUUGCCACACUUACAUGGAAUUUAGAUUUUACAUAUAUAGCCACACCCCCACCUUUCUUAACCCGAUCUGCACGAUAAACAUUGUAACCACUUAUACAAAUAUCCUUAUCAAAAAUAGACUUGCUGAGCCAGGUUUCCGAAAACACAAUUACAUCAGCAUCAGUUGAUUUAGCCCAAAUCCUAACCCCAUCAAUUUUUGACAACAGGCUGCGUACAUUUAAAUGAAAAAUACCAAAACCAGAUCUUGAUUUAAAAUCAGAGGGGGUUUGGAGACAUUGCAUAUCAGGGCCAGGGUUAGGUUGCACAUUACCUGAUAUCAACAACAGAAGAAUAACUAGGCACCUCUGUUUAAUAACCUUGCACGGCUUCUCUUUUUUAAGAGACCUACUGCAAGCGAAUUCUACAAGUGAGUUUCCAGACAAUACAAAACAGUCAUUUAAAACCAUUAGACUUUGGUAGUGACACAAAUUCGUACUGUUCACAUCAUGCCACAAAUGCAUCGGCACUUGGACGAGUGGACCGAGUGAAAAAGAGCGAGUUCCUGCAGACAAAAUGUCUAAUGGACGCGAGAGUACAUUGUCAGAUGUACUCACCCUGCGACAAUGUUCGUUUUCUCCAGAGUUCAAUAAAGUCAGUGCACAAAGCAAUACCACGUAAAUUGUCAUUUUCUCUGACCAAAAAACAAGAGGCCAACGAAGGUAAGUGGAGAGAGGGACAGCGUGUAUGUGAGUCAAUGUGAGUGUUUGCGCGUGUGAGUAGAUUGAGUGUUGAGGGCGAUAGAGAGAACGGGUUGAGCUGCCACUGACAGCCAGGCGAAGAGCAAGGAGCAGCUCGGACAAGACACUCCGCGGACUAACGAGGAACUCAGGCCAGCCAGAGAUAGGGUUACUUUGGUAAACUUCAAGUAAUGAAGUUCCGAGUUGAGGAGGACCCGUGAUCUUUACACCAGCAAAAAUAAAAUAGUUUGCACUACGCAACAACGAAGUUACGCAACCAUAAAUAAAUAGAUUAUUAGUAGGUUAAAAUGUACUAGUCACAAACAAACGACUUGACAAACGACUUGACAUGCUGCCAUCUUGGAUUUUUGCUGUGAUCAUAGUGAAUACUUUCCGAAUGCACUGUAGACUUCAGAGUCUGAUUAAAUCUCUCAAGAGCACCUUGAGCCUCUGGAUGGUAGACACUAGAGGGGCAAUUGGUUACACCCAACUGUUGUAGCACUUGCUGGAACCUGUCCUCUGGUUCCUUUGGAGUUUUCAAAGGAAAGGUCAACUCAGGUUUAGCAAAAUCAGGAUCACCCAUAAACAUCUCAGACAGAUCGGCCAUGGUGGGAUCGCUGACAUCCUCCUCAACACUAGACUUACUUCCUGCGACUUUCUUAGACAUAGCACGUGUAACGGCACACGCUGGGAACAUGCUAGGGUACUUUUCUGAUAACCCAUCAGGUUCUUCUACUCUGGGUUCCUUACAAAUGACAGGAUUUGGCACAACCUUCCCUUCAGCCAAAUUGUUUCCCAAAAUAAAUGAGAUCCCCUUCACCGGCAGGCUCGGCCUCACUCCAACGACAACGGAACCAGAAAUAAGAUCAGACUCGAGUUCCACAUUAUACAAAGGAACUUCCUACAACCCGUCUCCACGCCUUGUACUAACACACUGUAACCAGUUGCUGAAGAGUCGGACAAAGGCAAAACACCCCAAAAUGAAGGACUGGGCUGCCCCAGUGUCUCGCAGUAUCGUCACCGGCUGCUUAACAGCAUCGCCACUCUGCAGAGACACGAACCCAUCUGAAACAAAGGGUUGAUACACAUCUGAUCUAAAAUCUUGUUUAUGAGAUACACCAGUCCCAACCAGAGACUUGAUGAGCUGGAGUGCUCCUACAAGUAGAAACUUAUUUUUCUCGCUCUCAUUCUUCUGUUUCGACUUAGGAAACUGAGAGACUGUGUCCUUUCUCAAGGCAGUAAUGACAAACUGUCGGAUACAAAAAAAUAACUUUUUCUGCCGAUCUUUCUCUUUGGGCACUGAAGAAAUGGGACGAAACCUCAUAGUAGGAGGUGACUACUCUGGAUUGCUUUUUGCGUAGGGAUAACUACUGGGUGCUUUGUUUGUGAAGGUAGUUUUGUGUGUCAACACAAACUCAUCUGCAAGAACUGCAGCUUUCUCAAGAGUGAGAUCCUUGUGCUCAUAAAUGUAGGUCGCAACCCUUUCGUGAAGGCAAUUCUUGAAUAACUGGAACCUAAAAGACACCCACCAUGAACGCCCACUAAAUUUGCCAGAGAAGAGGCAAAAAAAAGAAAAACCCACAUCAAACUUAAAGACAGGAAGUAAAACAAAAAGGUGGAGCAAAACAAAAUCAGAUAAAGGAUUGUUUGUCUAAAAAUUUAAAUAGGGAGCACCAACUAAAGGUGUUAACCCUCCACAACUAUCAAGACAACUGGAACACUGGGCCAGCCACUCUUAAAUAGCACCUGGGUCAGCACAGAGAUGGCAACCAGCAAAUGUGUAACACAUACUGACCAAUGAGGUGACAUUGGUGCCCUAUGUGCUAACGAGCUAUACGUCCAACCUCAAAACAUAAAUGGAAAAACCAAAGCCUAUAACAAAAUGAAUGGAUUCACAUACAAGGCAUCAAGCUUAAGUUACAAAACAUUAACAAGCAUUACAAAGCAAAACCCAACAAUGCAAUAAUCAAUAACAAUGUAUUACUAGAAGAAAAAAAAAAGGACUUCACUUCAGGAUAUAAGAUAAACAGAGUAGCAGAUGCUUGCAUGUGAGUGGGUGUGCGGGUGUGUAGAGUCAGUAUAUAUGUAUGUGCAUAUUAUGUGUGAAUGAGCAAAUUAUGGAGUGAGUGUUUGUGUGUGUGUUGGAGUGACAGUGUGUGUGAGUGUGUAGGGCCCUGUGAGUGUGCAUAGAGACAGUGCAAAUACUGAAAUAAAAGUUUAAUAAAGAUACAAGGUAGACUCGGUCCGUGUAGCCAUUUUGUUAGCUAUUUAUCAGUCGUAUUGCUUGGGGAUAGAAGCUGUUCAGGAGCCUGUUGGUGUCAGACUUGAUGCACCGGUACGGCAGCAGGGAAAAUAGUCUAUGGCUUGGGUGGUUGGGAUUUUCCGGGCCUUCUUUUCACACCGCCUUAUAUAGAGGUCCUGGAUGGCAGGGAGCUCGGCCCCAGUAAUGUACAGGGCUGUCCGCACAACCCUCUGCCAUCCGAGGAACUUGAAGCUGUAUACCUGCUCCACUGCCGCCCCGUCGAUGUGGAUGGGGGCGUGCAAGCCCCCCCCGUUUCCUGUAGUCCACGAUCAGAUCCUUGGUCUUGCUCCUAAACCACACUGUCAGGUCACUGACCUCCUCCCUGUAGGCUGACUCAUCGUCGCUGGUGAUCAGGCCUACCACCGUGUGGUAGCCCCGUGUAGCUCAGUUGGUAGAGCAUGGUGCUUGCAAUGCCAGGGUUGUGGGUUCGUUUCCCACGGGGGUCCAGUAUGAAAACAGUAUGAAAAAGUAUGAAAAUGUAUGCACUCACUAACUGUAAGUCUCUCUGGAUAAGAGCGUCUGCUAAAUGACAAAAAUGUAAAUGUAGUGUCGUCAGCGAACUAGAUAAUGGUGUUGGAAUUGUGCGUGGCCACACAGUCGUGGGUGAACCGGGAGUACAGGAGGGGACUAAGUACACACCCCUGUGGGCCCCUGUGUUAAGGGUCAGCGUGGUGGAGAUGAUGUUGCCUACCCUCACCACCUGGGGUCGGCCCAUCAGGAAGUCCAGGAUCCAGUUGCAGAGGGAGGUGUUCAGACCCAGAGUCCUAAGCUUGGUGACGAGCUUGGAGGGGAUAAUGGUGUUGAAGGCUGAGCUGUAGUCAAUGAAUAGCAUUCUCACGUAGGUGUUCCUCUUGUCCAGGUGGGAAGUGUGGAGUGCAUUAGAGCUGUAGUCAAUGAACAGCAUUCUAAGAGAGAGAACAAAGGCAUUUAAUUCCAUUUAUAAUAUCUGAAGGUGUAACCUUCCAACCCAAAACCAACCCCCAUUAACCAAUCAAACGAGACCAAGUUUACAGUAACCUAAACACUCUCAGGUCCAAUCUCCACAGAGAAUCUGUCACAGAAUCUAAAGAACAAUAUAAAUAAGACAGAAUUCCUGAGAAGACAAUAACAUCCCUUUGCAUAAUAAAGUAAUUCAGAGUUCACCCUGUACAGACACAAGUAACCACAGAGAUAAUACAUCCAUAAGAAUCAAUCAUGGACACUCUUACUGACAGUUGUGCAUGCUUCAUGUGAUGUAUUGUUGUCUCUACCUUCUUGCCUUUGUGCUGUUGUCUGUGCCCAAUAAUGUUUGUACCAUGUUUUGUGCUGCUACCAUGUUGUGUUGCUACCAUGUUGUUGUCAUGUGGUGUUGCUACCAUGCAUGUGUUGCUGCCAUGCUAUGUUGUUGUCUUAGGUCUCUCUUUAUGUAGUGUUGUGGUGUCUCUCUUGUCGUGAUGUGGGUUUUUUAGCCUAUAUUUGUAUUUUUAAUCCCAGCCCCUGUCCCCGCAGGAGGCCUUUUGCCUUUUGGUAGGCCGUCAUUGUAAAUAGGAAUUUGUUCUUAAUUGACUUGCCUAGUUAAAUAAAGGUAAAAAAUAAAGGAAUUAAAUGCCUCUCUUAGAAUGCUGUUAAUUGACUACAGCUCAAUAUAUAUAUAUAUAUAUAGAGAUAGCAUCAGAGUUAUCCUCAGUGAACAAGUUUCAGAUAGAUACCAGACAUGGAUACAAUAGCAUUAUUCUGUCACAAUAGUCAGUCCUCUGAAUACUGUAACAGAGAGAUACAUUUUGGCCCCUCAGAGGGGGAAGGGCUGACUAGUCCUUGGGCAUUGUCCUUUUGUUCCUGGACCAUUUUCCAUGCAGCACCAGAGAACACAUAAAUUAGGGCCCAACUCCCCGUGAGACACCCUCAGAGAGUGGGGUCACAGCCAAGGUCUGCCAUUAUUAACGGCAACCCUGGAGCAAUUAGGGUUAAGUGCCUUGCUUAAGGGCACAUCAACAGAUUUGUCACCUUGUCGGCUCGGGGAUUCAAACUAGCGACCUUACGGUUACUAGCCCAAUGCUCUAACCGCUAGGCUACCUGCAGCCCCUUUCUCUUUCUUUGAUCUGAUCCUCUAUUUUUCUGUUGUCUGUUCUCCCCCCUCUCUCUUUAUCCCUCUCUUUCCACUCUGUCCCUCUCUCUUUCCUCUCCCUCUCUUGCCCCCUCUGUUUCCUCUCUGUUUCCUCUCUGUCUCUCUGUCUCUCUCUCUCUCUCCUCUCUCUCUCUCUCUCUCUCUUCUCUCUCUCUCUCCUUCUCUCUCUCCUCUCUCUCUCUCUCUCUCUCUCUCUCUCUCUCUCUCUCUCUCUCUCUCUCUCUCUCUCUCGUCUCUCUCUCUCUCUCAGGUAGUGAAUAGCCAUGCACCUGGUAAGAAGGUGUGGUUGGGUGGAGUAGGUCCGGAGUGGGCUGGAGGAACCAAUAACCUCUCUGAUACCUACGCUGCUGGCUUUCUGUAAGUACAAUCAAUCAAUCUAUAAAUCAAUCAAUCAAAUAAAGUAUCACCUCACUCAGGCAUUAUUCUCACUUUGUGUGUGUAUGUGUGUGUGUGUGUGUGUGUGUGUGCGUGUGUGCGUGUGUGUGGGUUUCAGGUGGCUGAACACUCUGGGCAUGGCAGCGAUGCAGGGGAUUGAUGUUGUCCUGCGACACUCGUUCUUCGACUAUGGAUACACACACCUCGUAGACCAGCACUUCAACCCACUACCGGUGAGUCUCACACUCUGCUCUCCUUAUCAUCAUGAAGCAGUACUGGACAAAUCAUUCCUUUAUACUCUCACUUGAUAACAAGGGAACGUUCAUUGGAGCUAUUGCUACUCUGGUUAGCUACUCUUAGUCCGUUCUUCGAUGUGGCUUUUGGCAGCUACUGUAGGCUCAUCUCAGUCCUCUGUGGCACCUAGCGUUCUUUCCCGUGGGAGCUAUUAGGCCAGAUGAAAGGCGUUUAGUGGUGUUGACUGGCUGGACGCGAGGGCGAAUCACUGUGUAACCCUAGCCCUUUGUCAGUGACCAGGAUGGUGUCACGACUCUCCCCUUCCCCCCCAUUACAAAAUGUGAGCCCCUCUGUGUGCAGCGCUGGGCUGGUGACAGAUCUGCAACCUGAGCUGUAGGUACGCAAAAGCUGCUACUCCCCUCUCCGGCACUGUCUGCAAUGGUGCAGUCCAGUCCUGGCUCCCACUACUGCCCUCUGCUGUUGGGAUUGGACUAUGCUGCAUCAGGGGUACAGGACUAUGCUCAGGGCAAGCAUUACACCCAACUAAUCAUUUGCCAGAUGAUACAGUAAGUUGAUUAGUUUAAUUAAGGGUUUUAGUGCUAAGUUAGAACAAAAGCCUGCACCCUGUGGGUCACCAGGACCAGGACUGUAGGAGUAUUCACUUGUUUAGGGGAACGUGAAGAGGGCUGCCAGAGAUUGAGAUUGAGAUAGGGAUCAAGACAUCCAAGGCUCUUUGAUCCAGACAGAGAGUCAGUUUUACAAUGCUACUGCAGUGCCAUGUUCAUAAAAAUGAUUUAUCAGCAACUGGUGGAUGCCUAAAGAAGAUGUGGAGAACUUAUUUCUUUAUUCAGCUGCUGCAGGGAUGGGUGGUGUUUAUUAGGGAGACUGCUCCAAAACUUGCAGACAAUUAUUUUCCCUCCAGUUCCAUUCUCUGUUAUUUUCUGGGAAGGAUGCCCCCCGCUAGGAUCACAAUGCUUUUAAUGUGGCUGGGCGUCGGACUGCUCUGCCAGUCUACCUGCUGGGAGGAACCACUACAGGCCAGAGCUGUCCGCAGGCCGCAGAGAUUUAUUCACACGCCAACCACAUGUCCCUUUCCAUCUCUCUGAACACUCAUUGGACCCUGUUCUGACAAUGGAGGACUCGCUUUAUCUGCCCACCCCUCAACCCCACCACUACUAUUCCUCUCCUCCAUGGUUGUACUGGGUCUACCAUACUCUACUUCUUCUCUCUAGCUAUAUACUUCUAUCUCUUUCUAUUUUCUUUAUCUUUCUCUUUUAUUUAUAUUCUAGCUCUAGCUCGUCGCCUCGCUAUAGAUCUAUUUCUUUUAUCUCUUCUCUAUUAGAUUUAUCUAUUUUUCUUUAUCUUUCUUUGUAUAUUUCUUCUUUAUCUUUUUUAUUGUAUCCUCUGAUUCUCUCUUUAGAUGGGACUUCUCUUUCUCUUUCUCUUUCUAUUCUCCUAGCUCUCCUCUUUUCUAUCUCUCUCGUCUUUCUCUCUCUCUUCUCUCUCUCUCUCUCUCCUCUCUCUCUCUCUCUCCUCUAUCUCGCUUCUCUCUCUCUCUCUCUCUCUCUCUCUCUCUCUCUCUCUUUAUCUUUCUCUUCCUCUCUCUCUUUUUCCAUUGUUGGAAACAGCGCCCCUCUGUAUCUGUAUGUGUAGCCCAUGAUUCUUAUGCUAUCUGGCCAAAAACAGUAUGGCAUGUCAUGUCAUAUUAGUUUGGGCCAGACAGCAUCAAAUACAUGGGCUACACUUAGUAAGACAGAAGGGCGCUGUUUCGCUCGCACAGAUGCUUUUCUCCGGUGAGGUAGUUUCAGCCAUUUGCGAAUUUAAGGAAAGUUGGAGGGUGCACAGUGCACUGUUCGGCUGCUGCAAUUAUUUUGGACAAACGUGUGAAGGUAACCUACUUUUUGAAGUGAUUUGUUUGACAAUCAGAUGAAAACAUUGUGACUGGUUGUGUUCAUGCCACAUUAAAAGGUAAUAUAGUACCAGUCAAAAGUUUGGACACACCUACUCAUUCAAGGGUUUUUCUUUAUUUUAACUAUUUUCUACAUUGUAGAAUAAUAGUGAAGACAUCAAAACUAUGAAAUAACACAUAUGGAAUCAUGUAGUAACCAAAAAAGAUAAACAAAUACAAAUAUAUUUUAUAGUUGAUUCUUCAAAUAGCCACCCUUUGCCUUGAUGAAAGCUUUGCACACUCUUGGCAUUCUCUCAACCAGCUUCACCUGGAAUGCUUUCCCAACAGUCUUGAAGGAGUUCCCACAUAUGCUGAGCACUUGUUGGCUGCUUUUCCUUCACUCUGCCAUCCGACUCAUCCCAAACCAUCUCAAUUGGGUUGAGGUUGGAGUAUUGUGGAUGCCAGGUCAUCUGAUGCAGCACUCCAUCACUCUCCUACUUGGUAAAAUAGCCCUUACACAGCCUGGAGGUGUGUUGGGUCAUUGUCCUGUUGAAAAUCAAAUGAUAGUCCCACUAAGCCCAAACCAGAUGGGAUGGCGUAUUGCUGCAGAAUGCUGUGGUAGCCAUGCUGGUUAAGUGUGCCUUGAAUUCUAAAUAAAUCACAGACAGUGUCACCAGCAAAGCACCCCCACACCAUAACACCUCCUCCUCCAUGCUUUACAGUGGGAACUACACAUGCGGAGAUCAUCCGUUCACCCACACCGCAUCUCACAAAGACACGGCGGUUGGAACCAAAAAUCUCCUAUUUGGACUCCAGACCAAAAUACAUAUUUCCACCGUUCUAAUGUCCAUUGCUCAUAUUUCUUGGCCCAAACAGGUCUAUUCUUCUUGUUGGUGUUCUUUAGUAGUGGUUUCUUUGCAGCAAUUCGACCAUGAAGGCCUGAUUCACACAAUCCCGUCUGAACAGUUGAUGUUGAGAUGUGUCUGUGACUUGAAAUCUGUGAAGCAUUUAUUUGGGCUGCAAUUUCUGAGGCUGGUAACUCUAAUGAACUUAUCCUCUGCAGCAGAGGUAACUCUGGGUCUUCCAUUCCUGUGGCGGUCCUCAUGAGAGCCAGUUUCAUCACAGCGCUUGAUGGUUUUUGCGACUGCACUUGAAGAAACUUUAAAAGUUAUUGAAAUGUUCCAUAUUGACUGACCUUCAUGUCUUAAAGUAAUGAUGGACUGUCGUUCCUCUUUGCUUAUUUGAGCUGUUAUUGCCAUAAUAUGGACUUGGUCUUUUACCAAAUAGGACUAUCGUCUGUAUACCCCACGACCUUGUCACAACACAACUGAUUGGCUCAAACACAUUAAGAAGGGAAGAAAUUCCACAAAUUAACUUUUAAGAAGACACACCUGUUAAUUGAAAUGCAUUCCAGGUGACUAUCUCAUGAAGCUGGUUGAGAGAAUGCCAAGAGUAUGUAAAGCUGUCAUCAAGGCAAAGGGUGGCUAUUUGAAGAAUAUCAAAUAUCAAAUAUAUUUUGAUUUGUUUAACACUUUUUUGGUUACUACAUGAUUCCAUGUGUGUUAUUUCAUAGUUUUGAUGUCUUCACUAUUAUUCUACAAUGUAAAAAACAGUCAAAAUAAAUAAAAACCCUUUACAGAGUAGGUGUGUCCAAACUUUUGACUGGUAGUGUACAUAUUUACAGUUAAAUUACGUCUUUACUGUAAAACCCAUAAAGAAAAUGCAUAGGAGGUCCCGUGAAGAAAAAGUGCCACCCGCUAUGGAAAUCAAAUGCCCGUCCAACUGAUUCAUUCUGGUACCUGCCCUACCCCUCUCCUCACUAGGUAGAUGCUGAGGAUUCUCCCCCAUCCAUCUCCCCUCUCUAUUGACUGCAGCGUUUCAAACACAAGUUCUUCGCCAUCCAGUUUUUUCUCACUACUAUAUGUUAUUUAACCCUGAAAGUGGCUACUACUGGUAAACAAUAUCUAAACUGAUCUCUUCAAACUACCCCAUUCUCAGGCUGAACAAUGUCUUUUUCCCCUGAUUCUCUCCCUGCUCUCCAGAUGUCUAACUGGGCACAUCCUGCAGACAUCUCAUUGACAUCUCCAUCUCUCUCAGUUAGUAAAUCAGGCACACAGAUCAGCCUGGUUAAACCUGCUCUCGUUAAUCACAGCUCUGACUGAUCAGACAGAGAAAGACUACUGUGGAGGUCAUGAAGUUUCACUGACCUGAUGGGUUUUGUCUCUUGGAACCCAGGUUAGGCAAAUCUACAUAUGUAUAUCUAAAGACUCAUAGAAUAUAACAGACAUUUAUAAAAGGUAAGAAAUACAGUUCUGAUAAUUGUUGCGUAAUGGAGCUACUCAAUUCUUUUUAAAUAAAUAAGAAAUCCAUCAAAUAUUGACUGAAUUAUAGCACAUAAAUAAUUGUAUAAUGACAGACAAAAAGUCAAGGUAAUCCAUCAGUUUUGGUAGCAUUCAUGUUUAAACUGUCAAAUAUAUAAAAAAUGUUAUUUGAAAAGACCCAUGCUAACAUAUUUAAACCAUGUAUGGCCUAUUUAUGUGUUUUGUUAUUAUAUUGAUAGAAAAAUAAUAUUUGAAAAUAAACUCAAGUAGUUAAAUACAUUUGCAUGAAAUUACCCUCUAUCCAACCAGCAUCUUUAUACAAUGCAUUUGGAAAGUAUUCAGACCCUUUGACUUUUUCCACAUUUUGUUACGUCACAGCCUUAUUCUAAAACUGAUUAAAUUGGGGGUUUUUCCCUCGUCAAUCUACACAUAGUUCCCCAUAAUGACAAAGCAAAAACAGGUUUUUAGAUUUUUUUUCAAAUGUAUUACAAAUAAAAAACAGAAAUAUUAUAUUCACAUAAGUAUUCAGACCUUUUACUCAGUACUUUGUUGAAGCACCUUUGGCAGCGAUUACAGCCUCGAGUCUUCUUGGGUAUGAUGCUACAAGCUUGGCACAUUUGGGGAGUUUCUCCCAUUCUUCUCUGCAGAUCUUCUCAAGCUCUGUCAGGUUGGAUGGGGAGUGUCGCUACACAGCUAUUUUCAGGUCUCUCCAGAGAUGUUCGAUCGGGUUCAAGUCCAGGCUUUGGCUGAGCCACUCAAGGACAUUCUGAGACUUAUCCCGAAGGCACUCCUGCGUUGUCUUGGCUGUGUGCUUAGGGUCGUUGUCCUGUUGGAAGGUGAACCUUCACCCCAGUCUGAGGUCCUGAGUGCUCUAGAGCAGGUUUUCAUCAAGGAUCUCUCUGUACUUUGCUCAGUUCAUCUUUCCCUCGGUCCUGACUAGUCUACCAGUCCCUGCCGCUGAAAAACAUCCCCACAGCAUGAUGCUGCCACCACCAUGGUUCACCGUAGGGAUGGUGCCAGGUUUCCUCCAGACGUGACGCUUGGCAUUCAGGCCAAAGAGUUCAAUCUUGGUUUCAUCAGACCAGAAAAUGUUAUUUCUCAUGGUCUGAGAGUCCUUUAGGUGCCUUUUGGCAAACUCCAAGCGGGCUGUCAUGUGCCUUUUACUGAGGAGUGGCUUCCGUCGUGCCACUCUACCAUAAAGGCCUGAUUGGUGGAGUGCUGCAGAGAUGGUUGUCCUUCUGGAAGGUUCUCCCAUCUCCACAGAGGAACUCUAGAGCUCUGACAGAGUGACCAUCAGGUUCUUGGUCACCUCCCUGACCAAGGCCCUUCUCCCCCGAUUGCUCAGUUUGGCUGGGCGGACAGCUCUAGGAAGAGUCUUGAUGGUUCCAAACUUCUUCCAUUUAAGAAUGAUGGAGGCGACUGUGUUCUUGGGGACCUUCAAUGCUGCAGACAUUUCUUGGUACCCUUCCCCAGAUCUGUGCCUCGACACAAUCCUGUCUCUGAGCUCUACGGACAAUUCCUUCGACCUCAUGGCUUAGUUUUUGCUCUGACAUGCACUGUCAACUGUGGGACCUUAUAUAGACAGCUGUGUGCCUUUCCAAAUCAUGUCCAAUCAAUUGAAUUUACCACAGGUGGACUCCAAUCAAGUUGUAGAACCAUCUCAAGGAUGAUCAAUGGAAACAGGAUGCAUCUGAGCUCAAUUUCGAGUCUCAUAGCAAGGGUCUGAAUACUGUAAAUAAGGUAUUUCAGUUUUUUAUCUUUAAUACAUUUGCUAAAAUUUCUAAAAACCUGUUUUCGCAUUGUCUUUAUGGAGUAUUGUGUGUAGAUUGAUGAGGAUUUGUAUUUAUUUAAUCAAUUUUAGAAUAAGGCUGUAACAUAACAUAAUGUGGAAAAAGAGAAUGGGUCUGAAUACUUUCCGAAUGCCCUUUAUAUGCCAUUUAGCAGACACUUUUAUCCAAAGCGACUUACAGUCAUGUGUACAUACAUUUUACGUAUAUGGGUGGUCCCGGGAAUCGAACCCACUAUCAUGGUGUUGCAAGUGCCAUGCGCCACCAAUGGAGCUAUAAAGUACCGCCCCUCACAAUCCCCCAAUCUGCUGUAGCUUUCAUCAUGGCUUUCACUCGUAUUCAUUAUUGUUUUUGUCAAAUCCUCUUGCAUAUUAAUCAUUAGGUGGAGACUAUGUUUAAGAAAAUGAUACCUCCCUGUUUUAAAUGUGCUGCUCUAGAAUUUACCAAUGCAUAAAUAAUUUACAAAAAAACGCUAUUUAUGAGAUUUGGCUUUUUAACACUACAAAAAAAGAACACCCACCUGUGCAAAGAUUGCUUUCUCUUCUGUCUGUGGGAUCAUACAAUCAAUGGGAACAUUUUCUUUGUACAAACAAGAGUUGGAAUGUGCAUUAGUUUUCUUUUUAAAUAAAUCAAUCCAGCAACAAUUAUGUGACAAAUUAAUUUACACCCCACAAAAACAGGGAAGUAAUGGCUGGAAAGAGGAGAAAUCCUGAGGUAGGCAGGGCAUGCACUUUGCUAAUAUAAGUUUCUAACAUAGCCAGACACAGUGUAAAAGGAGAAUAACAUAAUUCCCCAAUGUUUGCUAUUAUCUGUCCAUCUUGCAAGAGAAAGGCACUCAUGUAACCACAGUCAUACGCUCCAAGGCUCUCACCCGAAGAACUGCUCUUUGUUUUACCUCAGAAUCUACAGAUUUCUUCAUAAUAUUACUGUCUGCUCUGUUCCCAGCUGCCUCUGCCGAUAACCCUCUCUAUAGCCCAAAUUGUACACUUCUGUUCAGUACUCUUACUGUACUCUGGGCUCUCCCGAUGGCGGAGUAGCAAAUUAAGUUAAAGCUUGGCCUGGUGGGGAAAAAAAUCCCUUAAAUGUUGCCAUAUGCAGGAUUGCAUGGGAACUUCCUGACACACACAUGUUGUUCAGAACCUCUGGUGAGGUGUUGAGUUUGGGGAGAGAGGGGAGAAGAUUAGAGGAGAGGGGCAGCACAGGGGAGAGAGAGGACAGGAGAGAAGAGGAGAGGGGCAUGAAAAUAGAUAGAGAGAGAGGAGAGGAGAGAGGGGCAGGACAGGGGAAAAAGCAGAGAAGAGAUGGGGACCGGACAGGAGGGGGGGGGGGGGGGGCAGGACAGCGGAGAGUGGAGAGUGGAGAGAAGAGGAGGAGAGGGACCGGACAGGAGAGAGAAGAGAUGUGGGACAGGAGAGAGGAGAGGAGAGGAGAGGAGAGGAGAGGAGAGGAGAGGAGAGGAGAGGAGAGGAGAGGAGAGAGGAGAGGAGAGGAGAGGAGAGGAGAGGAGAGGAGAGGAGAGGAGAGGAGAGGAGAGGAGAGGAGGAGAGGAGAGGAGAGGAGAGGAGAGGAGAGGAGAGGAGAGGUGCAGGGGAGACCACUGUGAAGUUACUGGCUUUGCUCUACCUAUCAAUGUAAAGGUAUACUAUGUGCUGUCAUGUCCAAGGCUCCCAUGUCUUUGCUGAGAGUGCAGGGUAAUAUGCUAUUUAUUGUAUUUAUCAUUUAAUCAUUUCAAACAGGUUUUUUUUUUUUCCAGGCAUAUUUCCCACAGCAGUUACAUUUUGGACUAUUGUUAUGUUAGAAGUUGACAUCCAUCCUGCAGCUAAAUAAACAUAAGACUAGUAACAUCUCCUCACUGUGGAAUCUAAUAGUAUGUAUUAUAUUGUCUCUUUCAAUAAAGACUGAAGCAUCUGGUAUCCAGCUUCUACCCCUGGUCUUGUCGGCCAUGGUGGCUGAAACAGGAGUAGACACCCGUACAGCCUCUGCUUUUCCCAAAUGUUUUUUUUCCUCCGUAUGAUUGAGGUGAAUAGUAUUAUAAUGUGUGAUUUAUAUUGAAUUGGACACUUGUAAACCCUGAGGGGCUCAUAUCCAGUUGAUUCACUCAACACACACUGUGGUAUCUUAAGUUUUGUUGAUGUUUUAUACAACUGUUAUCAGACAUAGGGGAGUGUUUUAGCACCUCUGCACCUCUACAGCCCCAUGUUCUGAUAUACUACACAACCAUUUAGCCAGACCUUAUAUCGGUGUUGACAAGUCAAUGGGCUCAACGGAACAGUAUGGGAAUGUUAACGCACUCACUAAAGAAUAUGUUAACCCGCUAAGCUAAAGCAUGCCCUUCUCAUGUCUGUGUUCAGGCAACAUCAUUAUGGUAGCUCAUGCUUACUUUGCUAUCUGACUAUAUAUACUGUGUGUGGUUUUGCACUGUGUAACAGGUGUCCCCUGUGUGUGUGUGUGUGUGUGUGUGUGUGUGUGUGUGUGUGUGUGUGUGUGUGUGUGUGUGUGUGUGUGUGUGUGUGUGUGUGUGUGUGUGUGUGCCUGCGUGCCUGCGUUCCAGGACUACUGGUUCUCCCUGGUGUUCAAGCGUCUGGUGGGUCCCAGGGUGUUGGCAGUGCGGGUAGCAGGCUUACAGCGGAAACCACGACCAGGGAGGGUUAUACGAGACAAACUACGCAUCUACGCACAUUGUACCAGCUUUCACAAGUAAGUUCUGCAGCCCUGUACCAGCUUUCACAAGUAAGUUCUGCAGCCCUGUACCAGCUUUCACAAGUAAGUUCUGCAGCCCUGUACCAGCUUUCACAAGUAAGUUCUGCAGCCCUGUACCAGCUUUCACAAGUAAGUUUUGCAGCCCUGUACCAGCUUUCACAAGUAAGUUCUGCAGCCCUGUACCAGCUUCCACAAGUAAGUUCUGCAGCCCUGUACCAGCUUCCACAAGUAAGUUCUGCAGCCCUGUACCAGCUUCCACAAGUAAGUUCUGCAGCCCUGUACCAGCUUCCACAAGUAAGUUCUGCAGCCCUGUACCAGCUUCCACAA